CAUAACCAGCUCAUUUCUUUAGCUUGCUUUCUGCAGGUAUUAGAAUAGAAGGGGGAGAAGUGAAUAAACGAAAGAUUGUCGUCGACGAGUGGAGAGCUCAGUCAUUAUAUACCUCGCCUGUCGCCCGGAAAACUCAGAGAAAAUUUACUGCCUUCUUAAUUCUUACUAGUGAGAAAACGUAGACCGGCGGGCAGAGAUUAUUGAUGGGUAGGCCACAGCCUGACAGCCACACGGCUAUAUAUGUUCUAUAUGAGACAAGCCUAUCCAACCACGGCCAAAUAUUGCUAGGCUGAGGCCCCAAGACACGACACGAGACACAACAGGGAAGGGAAGAGAGAUCGUGGAUGGACAUGGACUCGUCACUCAUGGCGUGGGGCUUCCUCCCAGUCCCAUCACUCAACUCCACCACAGCCAGAAGCCCCUAAACGCCAGUGAGAUCAAAGUUCUUUCCACCUCAUAUUCACCCCUUUCUUUUUAUUUCUCAUCUUCACAGAUCAAUUCUGAAUUGGAAGUUUAAACUCCUCUUCCCCCAAAGAGAAAAGUUCACGACAAUAAUAAACAUUAAGAGGGGGUAAGAGAGGAGAGAGACGGUGCUCAAAUGGGUCUGGGCUUCUCAGUCUGAAGGAGAAAACUCAAACCCUUUUUGUCUUGUUUCAUCUCUCUUCAUCUCCUCUUCUUUGUUGGUUAUUGCUGUCCCGAAAAUUGAGAACCCUUAAGGAAAUAUCACCUUUUUAAAAAUGGCUUCAAGGGGAAGCAGAGCAGAGAAGGUGAAGCGAAUUUUCCAGCAAGUCGACGUGAACAAAGAUGGAGGCCUUAAUAGAGAAGAAAUGGCGUCUCUCGUCGUCGCUGUGAACCCUAGGGUUAAGUUCAGCGACGAGCAGAUCAAUGCCAUCCUUGACGAGGUCUUUAGAACCUACGGUGAGUUCAUCGACGGCGAGAAGGGUCUCUCUUAUGAAGGUCUUCUUCGGACCUACGACGACGGUGCUGGUGAUGUCGACCGUGACUUCGAUGCCCUCGGUUUGGAUCUCAACCAGGAGGCCGCCAAAGCUUCCUUGCCUUCUGAAGCCUCUUCGUCUUCGAUUGCCGAUGACCGGAUGGUGGAGUCAAACAAGAAGCAGAGAACUGCUGCAUGGGCGGCGUCUCCGAACCAUGGUAUCGUCUUUGACGACACUUGGAAGAUAGUCGAUGAUUUGGAAAUUCUGGUGAAGAGGUUGAAAGCGAAGCAGGCCAAGGAUGGAAAGAUGAAAGGGGACAAUCUGGAUGUCUACUCCGACCCCGGUUGGUCUAGGGAAUUCGGACCCUCCUCGGAGCUUUCGGAGAAAAGAGUCUUCUGGGACGAGUCCGGGCAUGACUAUGCUGCAUUCGUGAAGGAAUUAGGGGUCUUGAGAAGCAAAGCCGACGGGGUCAGGUCGAGGGAAGAAGCUUUCGACAGGCACAUGGCGAUUGGUCGGGUUCUGUACGAGCACCAGCUCUUUAAAGAGUCUUUGGUGAGCUUCAAGCGAGCUUGUGAGGUUCAACCGACUGAUGUGAAGCCGCAUUUCAGGGCAGGGAAUUGUCUCUAUGCUACUGGCAGCUACGGGGAGGCAAAGGAGGAAUUUUUGCUCGCUCUUGAGGCUGCUGAAGCCGGUGGGAACCAGUGGGCUUACCUUCUUCCCCAAAUUCAUGUUAAUCUCGGGAUUUCUCUCGAGGGGGAAGGCAUGGUUUUAAGUGCUUGCGAACAUUACAGAGAGGCCGCGAUUCUUUGUCCGACCCAUUUCAGGGCUUUAAAGCUUCUUGGCAGUGCGCUUUUCGGGGUCGGAGAGUAUAGAGCCGCUGAGAAGGCACUGGAGGAGGCUAUCUUCUUGAAACCGGAUUAUGCUGAUGCACACUGCGAUCUGGGUUCGGCCUUGCAUGCGAUGGGGGAGGACGAGAGGGCAGUUCAGGAGUUUCAGAAGGCCAUUGAUUUGAAGCCAGGGCAUUUGGACGCUCUAUACAAUUUGGGUGGGCUUUAUAUGGAUAUGGGAAGGUAUCAGAGAGCCUCGGAGAUGUAUACUAGGGUACUGGUCGUGUGGCCAAAUCAUUGGCGGGCGCAGCUCAACAAAGCUGUGUCCUUGUUGGGAGCUGGAGAGUCUGAUGAAUCCAAGAAAGCCCUAAAGGAGGCUUUCAAGAUGACAAACAGGGUUGAACUACAUGAUGCAAUUGCUCAUUUGAAACAACUGCAGAAAAAGAGGUUCAAGGGGAACGGAAGUGUUGAAGGGGAGAGCGCUUUUCUUGUGGUGGAGCUGUCAAAGUUUAAGAGAGUGGGCCAGAAGACUACCACGAGGCAGGAGUUGGCAAAUGCUCUUGCAAUCAGGGCUUUCCAAAGGCUCACUAGGUUGAACCGUUGCAAUGUGGAUGUUCUGAAGAAGGAAAUGACUGAAACGGAGGUUCCAGUUUCCUAUUCAGGAAGUGGUGCUCCUGAGAAAUCCAUCCGCAAGGCUGCACUGGAGGGAAUUCUCCGAAAAUUGCUCAGUUUCUUGAAGCCAGAGACUUUCCAAGGAGCUGUAAAAGCCAUCAAUGAGAAGAUUCUAUCUGACUUGGAUGGUGCAGGCUCAGGUAGGGUGGAUUUGAGUAUGUUCUAUGCUGUUGUGGCUCCUAUUUGUAGUGGUGCUCCUGACAAGCGGAAACGUGUGGCAUUCGAUGCACUGCGACCUAUGAAUGAAGGCAGUGCCCAGAUCAAGAAAGCUGAUGCUCUCAAGUAUAUCAAAUUGUUGAGGGCCAUCUAUAUCCCAUCCGAUGGGGUCAGUGAAAUGCUGGAAAUCCAUGGAGAAGCAGAUGAUUCCAUGGUUUCCUUUCCUGAGUUUCUUGUGAUGUUUGAUGACCCUGAUUGGGGUUUUGGGAUCAUGUCCACUCUGAUGAAGCUUGAAAAUGGGGACAGGACCCGCCAUGGUCGGCAUGCAUGCUCGGUAUGCCGCUACCCCAUUAUUGGAUCCCGCUUCAAGGAGAUGAAAUUGCAUUUCAGCCUGUGUAGUCAAUGCUAUAGUGAAGGAAAGGUUCCAUCUUCCUUCAAGAAGGAAGAAUACAGAUUUAAAGAAUAUGGAACUGAGGCUGAGGCCAUGAAAGGUAUAUGAGAUAUGCUAGAAAAGACACAAGAUCUGCAAACGUUGAUGUUAUUGAGUUGGCUAUUCUUCCUAUGUCAUGACACUUGGAAUAUGGAUUUAUCCUGGUUGCAGAAUAGUUGAGAGUUAUUGGAGAUUUUCAAAGGCAGAAGCUGCAGAUGUUGAUGGUAUUGAGUUGGCUAUUCUUCCUAUGGCAUGACACUUAAAAGUAAGUAGGAAUAUGGAUUACUCUUGGUUGCAGAAUGGUUGAGAGUUUUUGGAGCUUUUCAAAGGCAGAAGCUGCAGAUAAGAUGCUCAAAAAGACCAAUCGACCCAGCAUUUACCAAACAACAAAGUGGAAUUAAAGGAGGUAGGUUGUUAUGCAUGGCAAUUGAGCUAGUUGGUGCAAACUUUGGUUUUCUUUUUCCUUGUUAGCUAUUUAUUGGAAACAAUUGUUAUUGAUAAAAGGGGUCUUCACCAAUGUCUAUAGUUUCUUACCUUCUCUAAGAUAAAAACAAUUGCCAGACCUUCAAAUC